CUUAGGAGAGUAUAAGACGUGUACACACAGCCAGAGCGCACACGCACAUACACAGCUGAGCGCGGCUGAGGGGCCACUCUCUCUUCCUCCUCCUCCAUCUGGAUAGAAAACAGAGCAGCAUCCUUAACUCUUUUACGCAGAGACCUCUCUGCUUCUCCUCACUGUUUGGAAACUCUUUCACUCUCUUUGUUCCACUUCUUGCUUCCAGUCGGACCCGGUUUCUCUUUCCUUACUAUUAAGUUCCUCCACAUUAUUGUGUGAGCAAGUUUUUUUUUUUUUCUUCUUCUUCUUCUUCGUGGACAGAGUGGACAGCGCCGCAGCGGCCGCAGCAUGGAGCCGUACACGGUCCCUGGAGCACAGCUCUCUCUGUCCGACCUUUACUCCGUCAUCCCCUUCAAUGUCACCUUCCCGGACGAGGAGAGCGGCUUGAAGGGGGACAGACUGCUGCAGAACUACACCGAGCAGCAGAGUCCGGUGAGGAGCGCCGGGGGUAUAAUCAUAGCCAUAUCCAUCACGGCUCUGUACUCCGUUAUUUGCGUGGUGGGACUUCUGGGCAACAUCCUCGUCAUGUACGGGGUGGUCAGAUACACCAAGAUGAAGACGGCCACAAACAUCUACAUCUUCAACUUGGCUCUUGCCGAUGCCUUGGCAACCAGCACUCUCCCUUUCCAGAGUGCCAAAUACCUCAUGAACACCUGGCCAUUUGGGGAAGUCCUGUGCAAGCUUAUUAUUGCCAUUGAUUACUACAACAUGUUCACAAGCAUCUUCACCCUCACCAUGAUGAGCGUGGACCGCUACAUUGCCGUGUGCCACCCGGUCAGAGCACUGGAGUUUCGGACGCCAGUCAAAGCUAAGCUGAUCAACGUGCUCAUCUGGGUGCUCUCCUCAGCGAUUGGGGUGCCAAUUAUGAUCAUGGCUGUGACCAAAGUGGCAGAUAAUGGUAAAACCAUGUGUAUGCUGAAGUUUCCUGACCCUGACUGGUACUGGGACACAGUGACGAAGAUCUGUGUCUUCAUCUUUGCUUUUGUGGUCCCUGUAAUGGUCAUCACCAUAUGCUAUGGCCUGAUGAUCCUUCGUCUUAGGAGCGUUCGUCUGCUCUCAGGCUCCAAGGAGAAAGACCGCAACAUGCGCCGCAUCACCCGCAUGGUACUGGUGGUGGUGGCUGCCUUCAUCAUCUGCUGGACCCCCAUUCACAUCUUCAUCAUUGUGAAGACCAUGGUGGAGAUUGAUACCAGAAACCCCUUUGUGAUAGCCAGCUGGCACCUGUGCAUUGCCUUGGGCUACACCAACAGCAGCCUCAACCCUGUCCUCUAUGCAUUUUUGGAUGAAAAUUUUAAGCGAUGCUUCAGAGAUUUCUGCCUCCCCUGUCGGACCAACGUGGAGCAGAAUAGUCUGACCAGAGGCCGCAACACCACCAGGGAGCCUGUGUCCGUCUGCGCUCCAUCAGAAGCAGGGAAGAAGCCGGCAUGACUAGGCAUGGACUGGGUCCCCCACAGCUCUCGCUCGAGGAGGAUCCAACAAGAUCUGCAAUCAGAGGUCACUCAGAUCUCCACAACAGAGUUUUAAGGUAUCUUUAAAAGAAAAGCUAGUCUAAAUCUACAGUUAUGCCACUUAUUCUCUCCAGUUUGGCUGACAUACUGGAAAUUCAAAGGAAUAGAAAAUAAGUUUCACUCUGAUCUUACUUCUUCUAUUAAAGUUCUGAUAACAAAGUGGAGUCUUUUUUCACAUUGGAAAUGUGAUGCCUUACAAAGGCAAUGACAAUAGAUGAAAGUGGCAGCCCAAAGAGUAAAUUGAUAAAACAAGGUUUACAAAACAGAAAAUCCCCAGUUCGUGAUUUGUCUGCCUAAAGGGUCAGAGUGCAAGAGUAUAGGACUUUUUGAUGAUGCAAAAAGGACAAAGAAAACACCUGCAGGUUUCUGUCUUGUCAAGCAAAGAAUGCUUCGUUCAGACACAGCCCAUCAGAGAGCAUUGUAAUGAAACAGACGGUCUCUGUCAGGAUGAAUAACAUGCAACGUCAAGUAUGAAACAAUGGCCUUUUCAAGUCAAACUUUUCUUUAAAAGAACACUUGCCCAUACAUUCAAGAAACAAAUGAAAUUUUGGUGAUGGAGUAUUUUUAAGGAGAAAAUGCAGCAUGCAGCUUGAAAACAAUUUCAUCUGUAUGUUUAAAAUCAGCACAAAGCAGAUGAGCCUUACAGAGCAGAAUCAUACCAUUGAUACCCACCGACAGCUGGAUGAUGGAUGAUAGCAUAGUUUGUUGCACAACAAGGUCACCCACUCUCUACAUGGAGAGGUGGGGAAAUCUUGUUUGGUAUUCUGUGUGAUUCAGCCAACUUUUUAAAUUAUUUAUUUAUUUAUUCUUUACAGCAAAAAGACUCUUGCCUUUUGGUUUUUCUCUUCAGACUGAUGUAAAGGUCUGCCACCAAUAACUGUGUUAGAGAGACAUCUGGGGCUGUGUGUUCCAUGGAUGACAGAAAAGGCAUGAAAUCAUAAUCAAGCCUACUUUAUCGGGUUUUGUGCUCAGAUGGAAACAUCCACAAUAGCAUCAAACUACUGAUGCUUGGAUUUCUAUGGACUUCUUUUCUGUUCACCUACUUGACUUUCAUAUAGGAGGUGUCAAGCUCACAGAGAGCCUCAGAGCAGAAUCACUGCAGAAUGAUAAACCUGCCACUGAGGAGCCCUGUUGGCAGCCGCAACACUUCACUCACCUCAUUGGUAUUGUUUAAAACAAAUAUAAAGUCAAAGAACAUGCCUCAGCGUGGACUGAGAGCAGCUCCGUCACAGUGUAGAUAAAGAUGCCUGUCCUGAAGUCAACAAACAAACUGCUUCAAGGAGAUUAUUGAUCUGAAUUUUAAGUGGGUAAAAAGUCUGUCAUCUGUCACGUUGAAUAUCUGUAGCACAUUUAAGACAUACUGAGUGGUAUUAGCAAGAGCGGUAAAUUAUUCUGGGUAAUUUAUUUACUCCAACAGAUCUUGACACCAAUCAAAUUGAAUACAUCAAUCAGUGGGUGCUGAGAAGUUAAUGACCAUUUCAACUUUGCAUACCAGAUGAGGUAUGUGAGCAGAAAUAAUGCAGAGUUGAACUGACUUGUUCCAAUGCGGAACUGUUUCAAGGUUAAAUAUGCGUCGACAUGUAAACAUGUCAAAAUUUAUCACAGUUCUGAUUAAUGUCUGAAUGUAACAUUGACAUUCUAAGAAAGGUGGAACAGAUAAACACAUCCACGUGGAAUAUAAAUCUAAGAAGAACAAUAAAAUGGGAAAAGUUAAUGAAUGUGAAUUUGUAGAUAAUGUACGGCUUUUUAUUUAUUACAUUUGGCUUCAGCCACAGUUACAAUGACUAUAAGGUGUACCUGUAAUUUUGUGUGCUUUCUCUACACUGUUGAUUUCAGUAUUUCACCACAGUGCUUUUGGCUUAUGUGGCUCAGAUGAGACAGAAAGAAAAGGGAAAAAGAAAUAAGGUGAGGAAAGACAACAGUAAAAUGCUUGGAAAUGGAUUUCUGCUCUGUUUACAGAUUCAGCAAUUUGCUUGUGGGCUGACUGAGACCCACAGAGACAGGGACAGAGACAAUAAAUAUUGACUUCUCUGUGUGCAGUAGGAAAUUGAAAUUUUUUGCAGUGUGACACACGCCUGAAUAUUUUCUUACAAUGACAGUGGUGAUUUAAAGUGUGCUGUACUGUACAUACCCGCUCUCUACUUAGCUUUGACCAAGUGCUGUAUCUGUCAGGUGUGCAGAAUAUCUCUCAUUAUUUUUGCACAAUCAAAUUAUAUAAGGGCAGAAUGUAUAGAAUUAGUUUUUCAGAAAAAAAAAAUCAUAGGUUAUUAUAAUUUGGGAAAUCAUCAAAAGGUAAUUUCUUCAAAUAAACUGAUGGAUUAAAAAUAAGUAAUAAACCAUGUGCAUUCAUUUGAUCAAAGUGUGUGGGUUGGUGUGUAUGGAUUUUUGUUUAAUUAUCACAUGGGGGCGACUAAUUAAAAAUGUAAUUUUCAUCACACUGUAAAAGCAGAAUUUGCUUUAUUGUUGAUACCUUUGUUGAUUAUUGAAAGUACUCACUGUUGAUAUGUUGUCAUUCUUUAAGAAAUUGUUUCAGUUGUUGGAUACAAUUAGUUUCAUAAAACAUGUUGUCGUUGCUGGAAAUUUCUCUUCGUGGUUGAACUCAAAAGAAGCAAUCAGUAAUAUUUUCCCAGGCUGCCAAACAAAGUGACAAUAACAAAGCAGUAAGGGUACUCAAGUGUCUCUCAUCAGUGAUGGAUAUCUAAUACUGGUUUAAUGACUGCAGAUAUUUCAAGCAGUCUGUUCCACACAUUCCAAGGAAGUUCAAUAAUAAUAAACAAUAAUAAUAAACCCCACCUCCUGGAGCCUUCAUGCCCUCUGACCUUCGCUAUCAUGAAAUACGGAGCAAACAGCAACCAAAUAAGCUGUAAUGUGAGCUGUAAGUGUUUCCCAAAGUAUUCCCCUCAAAACACAUAUUCCCAGGCAGCUCUACAUCACGGUUUCACACACUGGAACAAAAUGACAAAAUAAAUGACAUUCAUGAAGCAGGCAGCACUCAAUCAAAAACAGUUACUCAAAUUCUCUUUGUAAUUAACUGCAAUAGUUACACUCUACAGCAAAGUCACCUCAGUCACAAAAAUCUUCACCUGAGCUGUUUUCUAUGCAGGUCUUAAAGGUCCUUUAACUAGCAACACAAUAUCUAAAAGAAAAUAUUUCACAAGUGAAGAAACCUGGAGGUAUCUGAUCACUAACCUUAUUUUUUAUAUUUAUAAUUAAAAAGCAUUAAUUGCUACAUCUACCACUCUAUAAAGGGCACACUACUUUAUGCAGUGGCACUGAGCGUUAUUGUACAUAAACUGUUCUGUAAAUUGAUGUUCAAAGGGAUGUGGUGCUGAGAUGUAAAGGCUUUGUUUUUGAUUAAAAAAAAAGGUACCUUUUUCUCACAUUCUUUGCCGUGAUUCUCCAUAGUACCAAACCAUUUUAAGGCAGUGGUCAUCUUCCAUUGAUUAAUUGUAUCUUAUUCAGUGAAUUUGGUUAUUUAGUUACACUGUGUAAAACAGUGUAAUAAUAAGGUGUGUGGCAGAGAUAGGAGGAAAGGAAAGAGCUGAGGCUGGUGUUCAGAAUUCCUACUGAUUACAAUCAAUGUUACUCAAGAGUUUAUAUUACUGAUUGCUCCUUUAAUCUGUCUCCUUUGUUCAGCUCUCAUAUGCUUGUUUUUGUAGCUUUGUAAUUUACCUUGCAUAAAUAUGGUCUUUUUGUCAUUUGUUUCUAUUUGAUAUACAGUUGCUUUACACUUUCAUCUGAAUACUAAAAAGCCUAUGUGAAUAUAAAUAACUACAUUUGUGUAAGAUGCUAAUUUGUUGUAUAACUACUGACUGCAGUACAGUGUGUAGGGCAAAUGCGCUGUUAAUACUUGACACUAUACUCGUACUUUUGCAGUGUUAACACAUUACUUCUUAGCUUCUUCUUGUGCGUCUGUUGUAGAAAACAUUUCUGAUGCAGAUUGUUGGCAAAAAUCAAUAAAAUAAAUAAAGCUGAGAGAAAAUUG